AGUAAUGUAAACAGUAAUCGCAAUGAUUAUCGUAUUAGUGAGUGGCACUCAUUGUCGGCAAUCGAACGUUUACAAGUACAAUGUGUGGUAUAGUCGUGAGCAUUGUAAUUUUGGUGGUUGGGGCUUCACUUGUGCUGGUCAGCACCAUCGUGGGUUUCGCGGUUGUUCCUGGAAUAGUAGAAAAUAUGAUCAUCGACUCGGUGGUGCUGUCUGACGAUUCCCAACAGUUUGAGAGGUUCCAGGAGGUACCGUUUGGCUUAAAUUUCUCCGUAACAUUAUUCAACAUCGAAAAUCCUGCAGAAGUUUUGGAAGGUGGCGUGCCGAACCUCACAGAACGCGGACCUUAUAUUUACAGGUUACGACAAAACAGAAUCAUAUCUAACGAAGAAGAGGACAAAUUAACGUACAACAGAUUGGAGAAUUUUGAAUUUAACGAGAGAGCAUCAUUCCCGUUCACCGAAGAUGACAUCGUUACCAUUACCAACACCCCUUAUCACGCCAUCCUUCAGGUUGCUGAGAGUGCUUUUCCAGAAAUGGCAAGCUUCUUACCAAUGGUCAUGAACGGAAUCUUCGGUCAAAAUAAUAACGCCCCGAUCAUCGACAUUCGAGUUGGUGAUCUACUUUUCGACGGAAUACCUCUGUGCAAAGACGCCGACCUCAUCGGCCGCGUGGCCUGCAAUUUGAUCAGAAACAUGACUGAAACGUCUCAGAACAUUGAGACCCAGGACGACGGCUCUAUGCUAUUUACGGUUUUGGCUUAUAAACAAAACAAGCCGACUGCUCCCUACAAAGUGUUGCGGGGUCUCAACGACCAUACUGAUCUUGGCCGAAUUUUGAGCUACAAUGAACGUUCAAGCCUCGAAUACUGGGUUGAUGAAGUCGAUGAAGAAGGAGAGUCUAUAGAGCCGAGCAUCUGUAAUACAAUCAAAGGAACUGAUUCAGCUAUAUUCCCGCCAUUCGUUGACACCGGAAACAGUAUUUUUGCACUCAACGCCGAUAUAUGUAGAUCGGUGGAGCUUCGCUAUCAGUACGAUACGGAGUACGAAGGUAUCCCCACAAAGAGAUUUUCGGCCAAUGAGUGGUUUUUGGAUAAUGAAGAUGGAUGUUACUGUUUGAAUGUGACUAAAGGUAUCACUCAAGAGAACGGUUGCUUGUUGCGAGGAACUAUGGAAUUAUUUACUUGCUCCGGCGCCUUCAUGGUUUUAUCGUAUCCGCACUUUUUAUACGCAGAUCCAAUAUACAGAAAUGGUGUCGUUGGUAUGAACCCGGUUGAAGAUAAGCACAGGAUAAUGUUGGAUAUAGAACCGAACACAGGAACUCCUGUAGUCGGAGCCAAGCGUGCGCAGUUUAAUAUUUUCAUCCGCCCGAUUUCGGGAAUAGUGGCCACUGACAAUAUUAAAACUACAUUAAUGCCACUGUUUUGGGUUGAAGAGACUUCAAGACUUCCGCUAAAUUUUGUAGAAGAGAUUCAAGGAAGAUUGUUGAGACCAUUAAAUUUGCUGAGUAUUCUCAUACCAGUAAUUGUGGCUAUUUGCUUUGUGAUACUCGUAAUAGGAAUAUUGGUCACAAUCAGAGCCAGUUCAAAACGAAAUAAGAUUAAACAGUGAUCAAUUUUAAUAAAUAGUUUUUAAUUUAUAUACUAUAGGGGUUUAAGAAAAUAAAGAUGUUUGUACAUUUA